AUGGUGCGCCCCGGCGGGUUGUGCCGCCCGCUGCUGCUGCUACUGCUGCUGCUGCUGCUGCUGCAGGGCUCCCUCCUCCUGCUGGCCACAGCCCCGCACGGCCGCGCCGCCGCCUGCCCGCUCCGCAGAAAGCAAAAUGAGCUGAACUCCUUCCUGUGGACAAUCAAGAGAGAUCCCCCAUCUUAUUUCUUUGGCACCAUCCAUGUCCCAUACACGCGUGUCUGGGAUUUUAUCCCAGAGAACUCCAAGAAAGCCUUCCAGCAGAGCCACAUUGUGUACUUUGAGCUGGAUCUCACUGACCCCUACACCAUCUCAGCUCUCACCAGCUGCCAACUCCUGCCACAGGGGAAGAACCUCCAAGAUGUGCUGCCCCGAGACCUCUACCGCCGGCUGAAGCGGCAUCUGGAGUAUGUCAAGCUCAUGAUGCCGUCCUGGAUGACCCCAGACCAACGGGGCAAAGGGCUGUAUGCAGACUACCUCUUCAAUGCCAUUGCUGGCAACUGGGAGCAGAAGAGGCCAGUGUGGGUGAUGCUGAUGGUGAACUCCCUGACAGAGGUAGACAUCAAGUCACGAGGCGUGCCUGUCCUGGACCUGUUCCUGGCCCAGGAAGCGGAGCGGCUGAGGAAGCAAACAGGUGCUGUGGAGAAAGUAGAAGAGCAGUGCCACCCGCUCAAUGGGCUGAACUUCUCCCAGGUGGUCUUUGCUUUGAAUCAGACUCUCUUGCAGCAGGAGAGCCUCCGAGCAGGCAGUUUCCAGAUCCCCUAUACGACAGAAGACCUUAUCAAGCAUUACAACUGUGGGGACCUCAGCUCCAUCAUCUUCAACCAUGACACUUCUCAAGUCCCAAAUUUCAUUAAUGCUACACUUCCAGCUCAUGAACGCAUUACUGCCCAAGAAAUAGACAGCUACUUCCGGCAAGAGCUCAUCUACAAACGAAAUGAGCGAAUGGGCAGGAGGGUGAAGGACCUGCUGGAAGAGCACCCAGACAAGAGUUUCUUCUUUGCAUUUGGAGCUGGUCAUUUCAUGGGCAACAACACAGUGAUUGAUGUUUUGAGGAGAGAAGGGUAUGAAGUAGAACACACUCCAGCUGGACAAGCCGUCAACAACCGAAAAUCUCCCAAAACCUUGUUAGCCUUUUCAUCAUCACACAGUCCCUAUGUCAUGUCCCAUGAACUCCCACUGCACCCCCAGAAGGAGGAGGAAGAGGAGGAGGGAGAGUUCCUGCCUCACCUGCUAUUCCCUGACAGCAUUGAUGUGCUCGUGAAAGUGGACAGGAAGUACAAAAAGAAGAAGAAAAAGCAGCAGAAGAAGCAAAAACUGAGACAAUUUAACGACCUCUGGGUUCGCCUUGGAGAAAGUGCUACUGAUCCUCCUCCGCGGAUCCGCAUCAUCAAUGGCUACAUCACGGUCGAGCCCCAGCCCCGGGGCCACAGGCGGUCCAGCCACGCUCGUGCAGACACCAGCAGGGCUCACCAGAUUCCCCAUUCCCUCUGCCUUCCACUGCUGACUUUGACUUUGUGUAAGAUAAUGCUUCAUUGA